AAAAUAUUCAUUCUUCAUUCUUCAUCCAGGAUACUUCAAUAUGGGAUAGUGCACCGAGUGAGGGAACGUAUCCUGUCCGGGAUGCAAGUGGCAGUUGCUCCCCACAGCUGCCACCACCACCACCUGCCAUAAGCCCAAAUGUGUCAAGCACUGUAGUGGUGACUGGAGAAAUGAGUUCUCCAUGGAGCACAGGACAUAGUGAUGACUUGGAGAAGCAUAUGGUUCCAUUGGCCAUUACAAUACCCAAUGCAGAGCCCCCUUCUCGCUCAGAUAUAAUUUUUGCUACACCAUGUGCUCCCUCGGUUUCCCUUCAGCCACGAUGCAAUGUACCUGCACCUAUUGGCUCAAUAGGAGGCAUCAGUCCUUCUGCUGUCCCCAUGCGUCGGCAUCUUACCCCCUCUGAUCCUAAUGCUCAUCUACGGAGACGCUCCGCUGAGGUGACUCCACAGCCUACAUCUUACAGAGAAGGUGCCCAUCAUGGUUUACCACCAAAAUGAUGUGCCUUUGGUGGAGGGCAAUGGAACACAGCGAGUUUGUGUGUGUGUGCACUUGUCACCAGACUCCAAGACUGGUGGUGGUUCUAUAUGUAGUGAGAAUGGCACCACAUAUUAUACUCAUAAGGAUAAAAGUGUUGGUGUCAACAGUUCCUAGUGCCUGCUACAUUGUUGCCGGGAUUGUCGUGGUAAUAAAGGUAUUGCUGACUUAAUAGUGUCAGUAUUAACAGAGACCAUGUAGAAUAUGUUUAAUGGACUACUGCGGAUCCAUCAACUCUGGAAACCCAUACAGCAUCAACUGAUGAUUUCACAGACAUUCUUUCAGACGGAAUUUUUCCCUCACACGUUAUCACUAUAUCGCUAAAUGUCAGAGAUAACAAAUGAACACCAAGGACACACUACUGGCCAAGAGAGUGCGUGUUCUUGUUUUCAUAAGUCUUCCGUCAUCUCACACGAAGUGUCUCAAAAUUUUCACUGGACAAACCAUCAGGCAACACUUCAUUUAUUUGUAAUGUAUAGUAAGAAGAUUGUAGGAUUGAUGCAUAGUAGUUACUGUAUUAACGACUGUCUUAAAUGCUCAACUAGCAUUCUGGUCAAAAAAAAUUUGAUCAGUAUAUACUUCUUAACAGUACAUAAUUAAAGGUGUCCAAAAAAGGUUCCCUAAUGUGAAAAAAGUGUAAUUUGCUAUUGUGAUGGCUGUGGAGGCAAUAUCAAAAUGUGAACAGUUAUAUAAAUGUACACAAUCAUGAAGAUUUUGGUGUUGAAGCUGAGAGGUAUUUCUGUGUGAGAGGUGACGACAAGAAUACAUGUGAUGGUAUAGGAGGAGCGACAAUAUACGUGUGAGGAAGGCUCACCUCCAGGUCUCUGAUGCAGGACACACACACGCCAAGAGCCUUGUGUGUGCCAUACCUGCUUUCUUCUCCAAUAGCUUCAAGAAAUAUAUUCCAGUGAAGUGAGAAAGAGGCAUGCAUAAAAUAAUUCGCCCGUCCAUGAUUUAAAUACAGAGACUUUCCAAACGUAUGACUCUGAACAUUAUUCAGUAUUUACAAUAAGUUGACCAGAAUGAGUCGUGUAUAAAAAUAGAUACUGCGUAUCAAUGUGGUUAACAUAUUUCAUGUAGGUAUGAUAGUAAAAUAUGGUUAGGAAUAAUCAGAGAUUUCAGAAAAAUGGUGUGAUUUCAAAAUGAGUUUCCUAAGAUCUCUGGAAAUACCAAACACAAUCAGUUUUCCAGAAAGGGACGACAUUUGCUGGAUAAAACGAGAUGAUAUGAUUCAACCAUGUCCAAUCCAAUUAUUCACCCAGGCAUUAAAAUUGAAAAAUGGAAAGGAGUCUGAAUACUCAUUUCAUCCAAAUGAGAUCAGUUUAUAAAAUGAACAAGCCGUUUGAAAUAGGAUGUAAAAUGGAAAUAUAUAUAUAUAUA